GGGAGCAGGCGUGCUCCUGAAUCUCCUCCCUGUUAACAGCUUGAUAAUGGCCAUCAUUUAGUUACCAAACCGAUUCGGGAUGAUAAAACAGUUGAUUACGCAGUGUGGCCUCGGCCGGCUUCGGGGGAAGUAGUGUUCCGUGAGUCCGUGGGGCGCCAGGACCCCUGUACGCCUCGCUCCCCCUCAGCGCAGGUGCUAGCCAGGUGUCAUGCAUGUGGCAUUUCCUCUUCCUCUGAUGUAUGAGGAAUAAACGUGGACAUGUUAACGGGGUCUGGCCGCCAUGUUAUUAUCAUGACCGUGUGUUGAUAACGCGGGACAAAGCUCUGCAUAAUUCCCCUUCGAGGGUCAGUGUGUUGGCGGCGGCGGCGUGGGGAACGGUGGUGGCGCACGUGCUAGUCUUCCUGUCCUACACUGCUCUGCCUGCUGGGUGGCGACGCGGCAAGGACAGGACUCUCUCGUCAUGCUCCUCCACGGCAACACACGUUCUCCUCUCCUCGCCCAGGGAACUGUAGCAGCGACUCAUAGCGUCAAGUGGUGCCCGAGUGAGAUGUGAUCCUACCCUUUGAUUAGGUGUGACAGUGAGCCUCGCGUGGCUGUGAGGUGCGCUCGAAGUGCUCUUAAUUACUGUGGCUUAUGAUACGUUUCAUUGCUGCGAUGUGUACAUAGCGCUGAACGAUAGUGUGUGAUAGCAAACUCUACUCACUAUUCUGAAAAAAAAAGCGAAUGUUGAAUUUUAGAUAAGGGCUGAUUAAUGUAGAGCUGUGCGCUGGCGCUCCUGCCUCACCCUAGUCACACGUUUGCCUCCGGCGCCUGCACACAGCCUGCAGCAUCGGCUCGGUGGCCUCGUGUCUUAAUGGUGUGAACGCAACUACCCGGGAGGAACCGGUGAUUUCCGCCACCGAGCACUUGUCUUAGAUCCUUGGUAACUCAUCAUGGAGCAGGACGAUGAGUGGGACGACGAGAAGGACUUAGACGAGAUGAAGCUGGGCUUUGAUGAAGAAGACAGUGUGUCAGAGUAUGAAGAACAGACGACUGACGAUGAAAGAGAAAAACACGAAAAACUUGCUGAGGAGGAGUUGACGUCGAGCCUUCGCACUGAGCCAGUCGAGUGUUGUGUGUGCAUGAGUGAUGGUGGUGUGAAGCGAUGGCGGCGCAGGCACCCUAUCGAGGAGCAGCGUGACCUUAUAGGAUACUACGACGACGACGACUACGAAGAUGACUUUCCUCGGAAAAAGAGGAAGUGCUCCAGGCGAUGCUGCUGUUGCCGGUGGUGGUGUUUGCUGCUGAUGGCCAUAAUAAGUUUCCUGGCCCUGAUUACAGUUGUGUUUUGGGGUGAGUCUACCAUGCACGCGGGGGUUCUGCGUGGCAUCACCCUGUCGGAGGGCUCAGACAAGGACCACAUGUGGAGGGCGGCUGAAGUUGAUGUUCUCUACUCUGUGUACGUCUUUAACCUGACCAAUCCCGAUCAGUUCAUGCAGGGAGCCCGGCCCAGAGUCCAGGAGCUCGGGCCGUAUGUCUACACCCUCAGAGAGACUAAAGAAAAUGUAAGAUACGAAGACGAUGAGACAAUAGUAGAGUAUCAAGGAAGACCAACCUACUUCUUCCAGCCCCACCUAUCGGAAGGCAGCGAAAAUGACCCCAUCACCACCGUCAACAUUCCAUUCGUGAAUGCUGCGGACAUGGUGAAAGAAAACAAACUAGUCAAAACAAUCCUGAAAGUAGUGAAAAAAGUGCACGGUUUCGAUACUAUCAGGAAACAAACCGUGGGUGAGCUUCUGUGGGGCUCCCGCUCUGAAGUGCUGGACUGGGCCCGCACGCUGCAGGAUGUGCCUUACCCGCACCAGCUGUUCGGCUUGUUGAUGGGGCUCAACUACACCCUGCAGCCGCCUUACCGCAUGCACACGGGGAAGGGUGAUCCAGGCAAGAUGAACAAGAUUCUGGCUUACAAUGGCCACGAGGUGCUCUACUCCUGGUUCGGCGACACGUGCAAUAUGAUAAGAGGGACAGACGGUAACGGCUUCGCUCCUGGACUCACCAUGAACGACACACUCUACAUUUUCAACGGACAGCUGUGCCGCUCCUUGCCACUCGUCUACAACGCCACUAUACAAAAGGAAAAGGGGCUGGAGGCCUAUCGCUUCGUGCAUCCCAAAGGCGUCUUCUCCUACGACGCAGCUCACCCGGAGAACCAGUGUUUCUGUGGCGAGCAUGGUUGUCCGCCUAGAGGCAUACUAGACAUGAAGUCUUGCUACUUUGGAGCUUCUGUGGGAUUCUCCUUCCCUCACUUUUAUGACGGCGACCCUAAACUAAGACACUUGGUGCUUGGCCUCAGGCCCAACCCAGAGAAGCAUAGAACGGAAUUCGACAUCUAUCCUGAUUUGGGCAUCCCACUUCGUGUCAAGCUUCGCAUGCAGAUGAAUGUGAUGUUGGACCGAAACCAGCCCUUGGAGCGUGCCAGACACUUUGAUGUGGUUCUGCCAGUGUUCUGGUUUGAAGUGGGGGUGGAUUCACUGCCAGGAGACGUUGUUGGCCUGCUGAAACUUGCUCAGAAUCUGCCUCCAGUGGUGAAAACAACCAGCGUUACUCUUUGCACAGCACUCACUCUCAUAUUUUUGCUACUCCUACUUGCUCAGACCAUAGCUACUUGGUGUGGUUGGGGUACUUCUAAGGCACUGAAACGUCCCCUCACACCUGAAGACCUUCCACAUCUUUCACCAUGUCGUCCCAUGAGUACUCAGUGGCAGUAUGAUGAACUACACAAGCCACCAAGAUGCGGUAGCUCCUUCCAUGCCACGCCUAGUGAGAAAAGUGCCCUCACCACUCCGCAGCCUCUUACUCCAGGGCUUGACAUUCCAAUAAUUGAUGACCACACCUUGCUUCCUCCAUAUAGAGCCCGUAGGGGAGGUAGUCCAGAUCUAUUACCACAGCCAGAAGAUGGUGAAUACAGCAUUGACCAAGUACCUCCACCUUACAGUCCAGGGCCACAGCAACGUACCUCUUCCACAGUGUCAGUAGAGAUUCACACCACAGCUUCUGAUGAUGAUCUGCAGAACAUUCCAGGGUCCAGUACAGCAGUAACACCAGUAGAAGACUUGCCACCUGAUCAUAGCUCACCAACAGAAUCCCUACCAGCAGUUAGCGAAGAGAAUGAACCUGAUUCUCCUUCUGCUCCUCUUGCCAGACUUGAGGAGACAUCAGAUAGUGAUGGUAACUCUGCAUCUGGUCUACCAUCAUCACCUGACCUCCCACCUGAGUCUGAGUCCCAAAGAUUACCAGAAAGCCCUGCCCCUCUCGCCACUUCUAGUCCACAGGGGUCCAUGGGCAACAAUAACAGGCGGAAUGAUUUGCCGCCUCCCCUUGAAUCAGACUUGUGAGUGCUUGGCAAUGAAACUCGUAUGGAUGUGUUAUAUUUAUUUUAGUUUUCCAGUGUAUACUGUUUCAGUGAGCAUUGUGAAAGUUACAUUUGAUCACUGUAGCAAGUUUACAGUGUUUCAGUGAUAUGUGUUGGUACAUUUGUCUGCUCUAGCAGUUUUUUUUUUUUUUUUUAUACUUCAGUGCCUUAAUUACUGGAGGGAUUAGAAAUUAUGGAUUUUGUAGGAAUUGUUUUAACUUGUUGGAAUUACCAUUACAGGAGAGAUUUUUAUAGGCAUUAUCAGUACACUUAGUAUUGUUGUAUUAUUGUUUUACUAGUACUGUAUGUUUUAUUUUUAAUUUAUUGAUGAUUUAA